AUGAGGAUCCAGUCGCCCUGGACGCUGGCGGCGGUGCAGGUUCUCGGCCUGCUGGGGCCGCGAGCCGCUUUCUGCGCACCGUCCGUGGUGGUGGCCGAACGCGACCACGAGCAGCACGGCCAGAGGAACAUGAACAUGGACACGAUGGUUGCGUCCGCAGCCCUGGAUCGGCUCGUCACAGAGACCCGCGACGAUUCUGCCUCUGGCUUGGGCAUCGACUCUCUCUUCUCGUUUUCCCCGUACAAGAUUCCGUUUCCUCCUCUCUUUGCCGAGUCGACCGUCCACUCGUCAUCACCCUCUUCGGCUGGCUCCCGCGGCGACGGCGAAAACGAAAAUGAAAACGAAAACGAAGAUGAUAACGGCACGAGUCAAGACCAACACCAAGAACAAGACGACCCCACCAUCUCGCUCCCCUCACGUUACUACUCGACCCUUCUGGGCCGACGGCUCCUGGCGCUCUCGUCGCACGGGGUUCUCACGAGCAUCUUCCCCGCGAACCUCUCGUCGGCAUCGUCCUCCGCGCGGACCGCGGGCAUCCCGGCUUCGGUCGCAGACACGCCCAUCGGCCUGCCCGAGUACAUUGCGUCGUGCGAGGAACCGAGCGGCAACCCGACGAUCCUGUCGCUCAAGGUGUCGACGGCGACGCGCAACGCCGCCGGCGGCUCCAACGUCUCGCUCGCCCUCAGCUGGUGGGACGAGUACAUUCACCUGACCGGGCAGCGGCCCUGGGCCUUGGCAAACCUCCCUCGCCUCAGUUUGACCGGCUACCUUGAAGAGAUCCCUGCCCACGAGGUCAGUCAAAGGGCCAUAGAAAGCUGCUUCUUGCGCAAGCACAGGGAUAGUGUCAUGUGGUUGCCCGGCCGCAAGUGGGCCGCGCAUCAGGGCUUCUGGACCCGUCUCGUGGUGACUCAGGCGUAUUGGAUUGGCGGCUUCGGCGAUAAGAAUUAUAUUGGAUGGUUUGACCCUGACGAGUGGAGGGCCGUAAGGAAAGAGGAUUGGGAGGGUGUAAGGUUACCGGGAGAAAAAGAAUGA